AUGGCUUCUUCUUCAAUUAAUAUUAUUAACAACAUUUCAAAUUCAUUAGAACCAGUUCCAAUGCCUGCUCAAAAAAGUAUGGAUAUGAUUGGUUCUCCUGUAUCCUCCAAUACUAAUGCACUGUCUUCCAAUGAUUCAUUUGAUGAUUUUGAGACUGUUAAAAAUAAGAAGAAACUUAAACGUAAACAUAAAAUGAUGACUUCGUCUCGUCUUCAAUCUAAUUUUGUUCCAACAUCUGUUUUACCAGUACCUAUUACUUCUUCUUCAAAUAUUACUGCUGCUGCUACUACUAAUGCUAAUUGUUUGAUAUCUAAUGGUGAUCAACAUAAUGAUGCUGCUAAACGUUUAUCUCUUCCUCAACAAAUAUCUAUUACAACUGAAUCAACUAGAUAUGCACAAACACGUUAUCCCUUUCCACCUUUCAUAAUUAAAUUUAUUGCUGGUAAUGUUUUACCUAAACAAGUUAAAGAAGAAUUAUUGAUUCAUUGUAAAAAUGUAUUUCAAACUGAAAUUAACAUUUUAAAUUGUCGUUUAUCAAACAUUAGCUCAAACAAUGAUUAUGAUAUUCUUCUUUUUGUAAAGGAUUCUUAUUCUUAUUCAUUCUUAUUGGAUCAGAAACAUUGGCCUAAUGUUUUUAAUAAUGUGAAUUAUGCUUUUCCGUCUGACCAGGUGAUUCCUCCUCAACUAUCAUUGAUAGUUAAGAAUGUUGAUCUUCAUUUGGACUUUGAUGAUUUCUGUUCGGAAAUUAAAUUACGUUAUCCAUCUGUUAAAAAUGUGAUUAGAAUGAAAAAUAAAUUUCAAAGUUAUAUUAAAUUAGUUAAACUUGAACUCACUUCAUCUAGUUUACGAGAAGAAUUAUUAAAUGGAAAAAAAAUUAUUAUUGGAUACAUUGCUUAUGAUAUCGCUGAGUACUUAGCACCAGCAACAGUUCUCAUAUGUUCAAAAUGUAUGGGACUGGGGCAUUUCAAGAAACAAUGUUCUCAAAUUAAAAAUACAUGUCGUACAUGUGGUGAUUUAGUUGAUGAUUUAAAAUUACAUAUUUGCUCAAAAAUUGAAAAAUGUAUUCAUUGUGGUCUCGAUCACAAAUCUAAUUCUCUUAAAUGUCAUAUGGUGAAAUCUUAUAGAUCUGAAUUAACUCGUAAACUUUUAUCUUCUAAUAAUCAUUCUUCACAUGUUUCACAAAAUGGAAUGAUUGAUUUAAAUAAAAAUGUCAAUAUUGUUUAUAAUAAUUCACAUUUUCCUGGUUUACCAGUAGCUCAAAACUCCUCAUCUAAUCACAUGUUAAAUAAACUUGAUAAUUUACUUGCUCAAAUUGCUGAAGUUAAUGUUCAUUUAUCUAAUCUUAAAGUUAAAAAUGAUAAAAUUGAACAAAUUACUCUGGCAAAAAAUGAUAGUGAUAUUCUUAUCAAAGAAAAUUUAAAUUUAUUGUCAAAACAAUCGAUGGAGUUAAAAAAAGAGGUGAUUGUGAAUAAUCUCAAGGUGAAACGCCAUGAAAACAUGUUUACCAAAUUAAUUAUUCCUAUGUUUGAAGAUUUUUUUAGCUUUAUUACAAUACAAAAUUGUGAUAGCAAUGGAAGAACACUUGAUGCUGAUCUUAAACUCAAGCUUGAACGUUAUCUUAUCCAAAUGAAAAAAGCCAAAGAAGGUAAACCUUUUACCAACUAA